UAGCCAGGCAGACAGCAGCAGCAGUAGCAGUGUCAGGAGCGGAGCACCGAGUAUUAGUGUGGCGGUUACGGCCUUGUGUGAGAAAGUGUGUGUUUGUGUGUGUGAUGAGAAUAGUGUGUUAGUGCGUCGUAUGUUACUCUUUCGAAAGUGAAAAAGUCGAUUAAUUCGGAAUGACGUUUCGAAGUCGCUCGAAAAUAAUGGACCACGAUUAUAUUCUAUUAUCCUGACGGUACAAUAUCGCGACAAGGAACGACGUAUACGUCUUUUUUUUUUUUACCGAGGCUUUUGUUUACAGACGCGCGAAGAGCUGUCUUUCUUGCUUUCUCCCAUUCUUCUCCUCGUUCUUCCUUCCUCUCACUCUCUCUCUCCUCUCUCUCUCUCUCUCUCUCCAUCUAUCCAUUUGUAUCUUACUCGAGAUAGUCAGGAUCGGGCUAAGCAGUUUCCCGCGCUAAGCACGUGAGAUAAUAAUUACAAGGCAAAAGCGAUAAGAGAUCGGUAAAAGUAAGAGAAUAGCAUUUUGUAUACAUACACGAGAGGAAGAAGAAGAAGAAGAAAGUGCGUCGUAAGUGGCAUUUUACGAUGGAUCUAACGUGGUUGUGUAAUGCGUAGUAAAAGUAGCUGAUAGAUCGAGAGGAAGGAAAGAAAAGAAAAAAAGAAUUUGGAAUCGUUCGUUCAUCGUUCGUUCAUCGUUCGUUCAUCGUUCGUUCAUCGUUCGUUCAUCGUUCGUUCAUCGUUCGUUCAUCGUUCGUUCAUCGUUCGUUCGUUCGUUCGUACGUUCGUUCGUUCGUUCGUUCGUUCGUUCGUGCGUACGUACGUACGUACAUACGUACGCCGAGGACACACGCGUCGUUCGGUGCUACGUAAUAUGGUGCUUUUGUACGAUUUAGAAAUCGUUCCUAGGAAGAGGUAGUCUACGGUCGACACCGCGAUACGCCGGUGAGACGUCUUUCGCGGCAACGAAGAGGCGGGAAAAUUCGACAGGAUGGAGGAUGAAAUCAACGUGAAUUUGGGAGAACCGGCUCACACCACUUUCGAUAUAAGUAGGAACAAUUCUCACGGUUCUCAUGACAGCGUUGACAGUGGUUACUUAACCUUGACACCUCAUUCCGGUGUUUACACUCCGAUAAUCGCAGGAUGCAAAUCGCGCGUCACUCCUUUAAAAAGGCAUCAUCGGAUUCGUCAGGAUCCGUGGCAAUCGGAUCGCGCUCAGCGUCAUCGUUCAAAGUUUAAUCAGUUGCUAAAUAGCAGUCAUAAUAAUGAUCAUGUCAUUUCCGAAAAUCAAGAAUGCACAUUCUCGUCCUUGGAAACUUCGAACUUGAGUAUCUCGAACCAAAGCCACAGCUUAGAACAUCCCAGUCCAAGUUGCACCACUCGGUAUGAAGAGUUUAGCGAAGCACCUACUAGCAGUAUUUAUGGAACAUGGAGAACUACGGUACCCGUAACACCGGCUUCUGCCAGUUUGCAAAUUCUUUCUCCUCCACCUUCUCCGGCAGUUCCUUCCUUGGCGGUACCAUCUUCCUCCUUUAUUGCCUCCGAACCAAUAGAGGAAGAUGUGGAAAUGAAACUAGUCAUUAUGCCACAGAGUACACCCCAGGAAACUAAUUCUACGCAUCAAAUUCUAGCACCUUGCAUCACGUGUUCUCCUACCGGUAGAAAAACUAAUACCGCAUCUUCUGUCGAGGGUCAAAAACUGCUAAGUAAACUUUGCAUCGUCGAUAUACCUUCUAUAACAGAAAUAAAGCCGAAGAGGUUGGAUUUCAGUCAUCGUGCUUUCUCUUUGGCAUUACAUCGUACAAGGACUAGGCUAGAUUACACCGGUAGAAAAACUGUGGAUCUUUUGGCGCUAUUAGGAGAGAAGAGUAAUCAUUGGAGGAUAAUCUCAAAAAUUCUAUCCUUCUUAGGACCACAGGAUCUUUGUUCUAUAAGCAUGGUAUCAAAAGUAUGGAGGAGAAUUUGCGUAGAAGAUUCGAGAGCCAAUACGAGAAGACUGAGCCAUAUAAUACUCAGGCAGAACACCAAGGAGAAUUUGAAAUUAAUAAAGAAAGUCAAAAUGGACAUGGAUACCCAGAGCAGUCCCAGAAGUAGAUUCGUCAGGAAGGGAUGCUUAAUGGAGGUCCAGAACUUGGUUGUUUCUUCCCAGCAAAGACCGCCCAACAGCCCGCCUGUAUCUCCGAGCAAAGUCAAAUUCCAUUCUUUCGUUAAGGCUAGUCGUACGCUCGCACCAUGGGAGCAUCUACUACCAUGCCCGAGAUGUUCUUUUCCUUGCCACGUCGACGGCGAAAAGAACGUGGGAACGUGCUCGAGGCAGGGUUGCUCGAUGGAGUUUUGCACGUCGUGUUCUUCGAGGCCCCAUACAGGUCCUUGUAAGACGCCCCUCUUGGCCACGCCAACGAAGCGCAAUAAGCGGCUCGUCGUCGGUUCCAGGCAGAGCAAGCGAAACCUCAGAAGGUUGUAACAAAGAUGACGAGAAGAAGGAAGAAGAAGAAGAAGAAGAAGAAGAAGAAGAGAAUGAGAAGGAGAAGAAGAAAGAAAAAAGAAGAAAGAAAAGAGAAGAUAUAAAGAAAAAAAUUAUUAUUAUUAUUGUUAUUAUUAUUAUUAUUAUUAUGAUGAUGAUGAUGAUGAUGAUGAUAAUGGAAAAAAAGGGCGAAACUUUGAGAAGGAAGAAGAAACGGCGGAAGACUCGUCGUCGGCCGUUCUGCAUAAAACGAAAAGUAAAAAGAAAAAAAGAAAUAAAAUAAAAAGUAAAAGAGAGGAAAGAAAAAAAGAAAAUAAAAAAUAAUCAAAAUAAGAUCUCAUAUCCGAUCAAUGAUCCCCGAUCGAUGGAGGAGUUUGGUCGAUCAUCGAAAAGAAAAGAGAAAGAUAAAGAAGAAGUUGCCUUUACCUAUCAAGCUCUCUUCUCGUGUAAUAUCACGGUAUAAGGAUAAUCGUAGGAGCGGCACGAAGUUUCAACCUCAAAUUACGGCCUUGAUCGAGAAAGGUAUUCGCCAUGGCUCGGCUCUCGCACCACGUAUGUGUAGUACGUUUACGCGAGAGAGUCGUGGCCUCUCGGUACUUUCUUUCUCUCUCUUUCUUUCUCCCUCUCUCUCAGAAGCAGCAGAAGCCACCGGUGCACCUGAGACCCAGCAACUUCUGGGACCUGCUCCGUUCGUUAUUAUCGGCGAGUUGCAAGGGCCCUGUCGUUUUCGUCGAAGGAGAAAAAGUGGGAGGCGGUUGUUUGCCAAGACAGAAAGAGAGAAAGAGAGAAAAAGAGAGAGAGAGAGAGAAAGAGAGAGAAAGAGGAAGUGAGAUUAGCAGAGGAUGGACCAGAGAAGGAAAAGAGAAAGAGCGAAAAUGAGAAACCAUAAAGCAAUGUCGUAAAACUCUCCUCUCAGGGGAGGAGAAAGGGAAGAGAUGGGGCUGGAUGGGAUGGGUGGAGGCAGGUCGUCGCGCCCCCGGAUAUUUCUUACUUUAUUUUCUUUUCCUUCUUUUUAUUUCUUUCGUUCCUUUCUUCCCCUCACCCCGCGUCUUUUCUUUUCUUUUUUUUUCUUCCUUAUUUUUUUCUCUCUUUUUUUUUUUUCUUUCUUUCUUUCUUUCUUUUCCUUUUCCUUUCUUUCAUUUUUUACUCUCACGACGAACGCAUCGGGCGAACUCUCUUUUAACGAAGAGAAGAAGCCCCCGGUACACGAAUACCUCUUAAUGGAGAGCGAGAUCACCUUGCACGCCGAUCGCGAAACGAGAGAACACUCUUCUCUUCUUCUAUGCCUUCCCUUUCGCGCUCUCUUUCAUCAGGAAGAAUUUAUGCGAACCAAUCUCCGAUCAUUCUAUCUUCUUAAACGUAUUUCCUUCUGUGUUUCAUUUACCAUGACGUUUUUAUCGUUUAUUUCUCUACCCUUAGCUCCACCCCCCCCCCGCUCAGUACCCUUUAAAAUUUCUUUUUUUUUUUUUUUUUUUUUUUUUUAUAUAUAUAUAUAUAUAUUGUCAACGAUGGAUAAUAUGUUUGCUCGUUAAUUAUUCUUCUUCGUUUUAUUUUAAUAUUUGAUUUUUAUUCUUUAAGGAUAUUCACAUUCGAUGCUUCGUUUUUCUCUGUGUUCUCUAUUUGAAAAAAGAAAGAAAAAAAAAAGAAAAAGAAAGUGAGUGAGAUUUAAAAAGAGAAAACAAAAAAUGUUGUUUAUCGUUCUCAUUUUUCACAUUCUCUUCUCCGUAAUGAUUUUAUCGAUCAAAACAAACGGUCCGACGGUUUCUUCGUUUACUUGACAAAUUUAUUCGACUAUCAAAUGUCUAAUCAUCGACGAGCCGAAGACCUCGUUUCGUAUGUUUAAUCUUUGAGGAUACGUCGUUAUUCUCGCAAUUUAAUCGUCGUAUCAAUUUGUCAAGGAAAAUAAAGGAACUCCGGGCGUAAAUAUUUUAACUUUUACGACGCGUCAUUAACGUUUCAAGUUAACUUUUUUUCCUGAUUCCUGCUUAAGCGUAUUCUAAGGAAAAUAGAGGAGAUAAAGAAGAGAGAGAGAGAGAGAGAGAGAGAGAGAGAGAGAGAGAGAGAGAGAGAGAGAGAGAGAGAGAGAGAGAGCGAGAGAAAAGAGAGUAAGAGUGUAGCUCUUUUUUUAUUUUUUACGAGGGGAGGGAAGUCUCCUAGUUUCGUUUGUGAAAAACGACGAAGAAAUACGAAAGAGAGGAUUAAGAUUGCAUUUUUACGAUUUGUUCGUGUCUCGCUCACGCGGCAUUGAGAAGGAAGAAAAAAGAAAGAAAGAAAGAAAAAAAAAAGAAGGAAGUAAAACUCAAAGAGUUUAUGUGGUAUAAAAGAUAAUUGUAAAAAAGAUUGUUAAUAGAAAUUAGAGAAAAGAAAUGGAAAGAAUUAUAGACCGUGCUGAGAGAAUCGAAUGAGAGUCGUGUGCCAUAUUGAAAAUAUGAUAUACAGAUAUUUGGGAUAGAAACCGGUACGAGAAGUACAUUUUUGUGUGCCAUCGUUCUUUUUUUUUUUUUAUUUUUUAUUUUUAUCUUUUAUUUUUAUUUUUUUAUUUUUUUUUUUGUAAUUUUGCGCCAUAAUGAUUGCCAUAAUAUUAUCAUCUUUUUUUUUUUUUUUUUAUUUUUCCUUUCAAAAGGAGAAAAUAUUGAAAUAUUCUCUCGUCGGAAAAUAUAAUUUUCUUCAUAAGAAGCCAUAUUUGUUUUCAGUUGUACGAUAUCAUCAUUGGAUAAGAAUCUGAAAUAUCUCUCCACAUGUAAUUUCUAUUCUGCGUAUAUUUCUGCUUUUAAGAUUUUAAGGUCAGCGCUAGUUAUCUUCGUUAAAGAAAAAAUGAAAAAAAGAAAAAAAAGAAAAGGAAAAAAAAAGAAAAAAAUAUGGUCUUUCUCUGUACCGGUAUAUACGCUGGAAACGCAAAGACUGCUUGUAAAUAACCGAGUGAAUAGUAAUAUAUAUUUUGUAUUUCGUGUGCGUGUGUAUUGGCGUUUAAGAGAUAUCGCUAAAAAGAAGUAAAUAUUAGCAAAGUAGUAUUCUUUUCUUUUCCUCUUUCUUUUUCGUUUUGUUUUUUUGUUUCUGUGUCCUUUUUUUAAAUAAUAUGUAUCAUUUUUUUUAACGUCCACAUUGUAUAUUAUAUUUAUAUAUAUAUAUAAAUAUAUAUUUAAUAUAUUAUAUAUAUAUAUAUAAAUAUAUAUUUAAUAUUCUCCGGAUACGAGAUGUCAAUGAACGUUUCUCUGGGAUACACGCUUUGUGAGCAAAUUAUCAAAUUACCGUAGUAUUAGCGAAUAUGUUAUUUUAAAAAUUUUUUUCCCUUAAUUUUUAAUUCGAAAUCUUCUGCAUGAUUUGUUUUACAAAAAGAGAUAAUAAACGCGAGACAAUGAUCUUCACGUUUCGGUAAAAUUCGGUCGCAUGAUAAUUGCAAAUUGUAUAUGUAUUUUGUACGCCUGUGCUUAAGUAUUUUACGAACAUAACUUUUAUACUCUGCCGUCAAGGUUAUUUCUUAGAAGAAAAAAAAAAAAAAAAAAAAAAAAAUCAAAAAAUCAAAAAAAAACUCAAAAAAAGACAUCGAAUGAUUGUUUUUUUUUUUCGAAUCUCAAUUUGUAAAUGCGAGCAGCACACGCACAAGACAUUUCUGUGAUAAGAGAUGCUAUCAUUCCAGUGUGCAUAAUGUUUUUUUUCUUUCUUUUUUCUUUUUUUGUUUUUUUUUUUUUUUUUUUUUUGCAAAAAAAAAUAAUCUUAAACCAACUUUUCGCUCUAGAAACUACUGUUAAAUUUUGUAAAUAGGUAUAAUAUAUUUUUAAGACCGCACAAUGUAAAUUAUUUAUCAUUAUUGUUCAACGAUAAAUGAUAAAGAAAUUUUUUAUGUUAGAGAAACACAAGGUAUUAAAAAGAAAAAAAAAAAAAAAAAGAAAAAUAAUCCGAUCGAUGGUAAUCUCGUUUUAAAUUGAUGAAUAUUUCGCAUAUGCGGUCGUGGUAGUAUGAAUACCAAUUAAUAAAUAGAUUUUAAUGAAAAAAUCAAAUAUGCUUAAGUGAAAAGUAUGAAAAAAAAAAUUAUCCUUUUGUAAGCUUCAUGAGCCAUAUUUUUAUACUUAAAUGUCCGUAAUAGUCUGUAAAAAUGGUAUUGUAGGUACGAUAUUAGUAUAGUAGGUACGAUUAAUUUAAAUGAUAAUAUUAUAUAGUAUUGUUUCAUAAUUUUUACGAACGAAGAAUAUGUGCCUUAUAAAAAAGAUAGCUCAUAGAUUUUUAAAGAUUUAAAAAAAAUCGCUCUCUUAUUUUUUACAACCUUGUAAGUUUAUGCGCGCACGCAUGCAAAGAGAUAGUAUGUUCUUUUAUUGUGUACUUUACUCUAUUUUAUUUUUUGUUCAUUUUUUAUUUUUUUUUUUUUUUUUUUAUUUUUAUUCUUAUUUUUAUUUUCAAAAUACAAGUAGGAUUUUAGACCGAACAUACCUCAGGUUUGCAACUGUUACCAAAAGUGAAAUAUUUCAGAAUUGCCAUACUUUCAGCACAUAACUAUCUUUCCAUCUUGAUACAUCGAUCCUUUCCGCGAAUACGAAAUGGCUUGGACCCUAUUUUUUGUUGCUCUCUAUCUUGGGUCGUUCUCACCCGUGUAUAUUAAAAAUACUCAGGAGAUACUUCCAUGGGAAACCAAUGCCUUUUUCUUUUUAGAGUAAGAUACUUUAUAAAAAUCCUUAGCGAUGAAAGGGUGAUGCCAAAUAAAAUGCAUUGUCUCGAUGCAGUUAGUUAAACAAAACAUUAUAUUUUUCUAGCGAUUUAUACUAUCUUAAUGCUUAGCGUGUAAGAGUUUGUAAUACAUUUGAUUGUUCAACAAACGAUACACCGAUGCAAUAAUGCUGAAUAUACUCUCCGUUACGUAUUAUUAUGUAUUGUAAGAAUCAAAUUUUCCUUUUUUUUUUUUUUUUAUACUCGAUCAAAAACACGUCUUAUUUUUUAAUGCAUUGAUUUAUGCUUCUUUAAAUUAGAAGCACGAUCGAGAAUAUUAGGAGAAUUUGGUGUAUCUGUAUUAUCCUUUGUCAAUUGAAAAUGUAAAAACCCUUGCAUAUAGGGUGCGUUCCUGUAUUUUCGGUUUAAAUAUAAUUUUUACACAAAUUGAAAAUUCAACUCA